AUGACCAUGGCUACGGGCGGGAUAGCCAACGUUCUUCAUACUAUUCCCUUCAAGUCGAAUUGGCUGUAUUACAUCGGGCUGGUCUUCUUCCUAUUCAACAUUUGUUUAUUCCUUUUGAACUGCAUCAUGAUAACGCUGCGGUUCUUGCUUGUCCCUGGGAGUUUUCGGCAUUCCUUCAUGGAUCAGACCGAGUCGCUGUUUAUACCGGCCGUGACUGUCUCCUGUGCCAUCAUCCUGAUCAACAUAUGUGAAUACGGUAUGCCGAGUAGCGGACUGUGGCUGCAAAGGGCAGUGCAACUUCUAUUCUGGAUCUACGUGGCGGUCAGCUUCACAUUUAGUGCCGCCAUGUAUUUGACACUAUGGUCAACACAGAUAUUUCCAAUUCAUACCAUGACCCCUGUUUGGGUAUUCCCUGCCUACCCUCUCCUCUUAGCGGCACCCUUUGCAAGCAACUUCAUAAAGGCUGCCCUGCAGUCUGAUGCAGGAGUACUCAUCAACUUCACCGCGGUUGCGUUCUGUGCCAUCACUGUACAGGGAACUGGCUUUCUAAUCAGUUUCAUGGUAUGUGCCGCGUUCUUGUACCGGCUGAUGACACAGAAACUCCCCCAGGAUAUGCAGCGCCCAGGCGUCUUCAUCUCCAUAGGACCCAGCGGCUUCACAGCUGCUGGUUUGAUGGCCUUGGGGUCUCAAUCCGAAGCUAUAAUUCCGAACGAUACCCCGGGUCGCGAGCAUGCUAUCUACUCACUGAAACUCUUGUCGAUCAUGCUAGGAUUAUGGCUUUGGGGCCUUAGUCUGUGGUUCUUCCUGGUAUCUGUUGGCUCACUGCACAAGUACCUGCGUCAGGAACACAAAAUGCCCUUCCAGGUGACCUGGUGGAGCUUUGUUUUCCCCAAUACCGCCCUGGUCACCGCCACCAUAGCGCUCGCGGAUGCCCUCAACAGCAAUGGGUUGAAAAUAUUCGGCUGCGUAAUGGCGGCUCUGUUGGUCCUUGUUUGGCUGCUUGUUUUUGUACGCAUGAUCAAGGCGUUAUGGAGAAGGGAGGUUCUCUGGCCCAAGGAGCUCGAGCGUCCAUAG